GCCGAGCAAUCAACACUUAGUUCUCCUUCUUCUAACUAAAGAAAAACCCCCAAAAACCCUCAACAUGAAGUUCGCCGUUGCCGUAGUCAUGUUCGUCUGUGCCUUCGCCGUCGCUCAGGCCUCUUGGGCAGCUAUUUCUCCCGGAGUGUCCUAUGUGAACUCGGUGGCCCAUGGACCUGCUCUUGGUCUUGGUCUGUGGGGAGGUCAUGGUGCCUGGUGGAACGGUGCCCCCGCUGCCGUUGCUGCCCCAUGGAACGGUAAUGGCUGGAAUGCAUGGAACGGCGCUGCUGCUCCAUGGGGUCUGACCGGUCACGGAUGGAGCGGUGCUGCCAUUCCCGGAAUUGGCCUGUCUCAGGGACCCGCCGGACACGAGGGUGUCUAUGUGGCCAAGACCCGUGGAGCCAUCCACACAGCUCCCUUGGCUGGACACAUCAACUCUGCCACUUCCGUGAAUGUGGCUCCUGCUCCCGGAACUCUGUAAAUAUGAGAAGAUCUCCACCACCAUCACCACUAUAACCGAUGCCAAAUGGAAGCGGAUGCCAUUCACUUCCUAUAUGACUUUCAACUUGACUCCACUUGGAUAUCUUCUAUCACACAACUUCUUCAACUCUUCAAACACUUAUUGUUAAGCACCACACACCGACCGAUCUGAGUCCCUUCUAUUUCCUCUGAUACCGAAUACUGAAUACUGAAAACUGAGAUCUAAAGAUCACAAAAAAAAGCAACAAGUCCAACAACAAUUACAAAAAAAGAAACCAACAUAAGAUAAAAUGCCAAGUCUUUUCUAUUCUUUGACGAAGUUUUCUACCAUCUACGACUUUCCUUUCUCUCCUUCCAAUCUCUGUAUCUACUCUUCUUCCUCCACUUCUCCUUCUGUCUUCCCUUCUGUAAAUACAUCUUCUAGACGUUAUACAUUUGCAACAAUUGACAAAGAUUGAACAAAAAUGUUAUAAAUAAUAAACACACACAA